GAGGGCGAGAAAUGGCGAGGCGCAUCGCGAAUCCAAGGUACUACCAAGGAGUAGUUGUCGUAGCCGCGGCUCCGUCCUUUUGGGAGCUGCUAGUGCUGUGCGUUGUGGUGCUGGGCAUGCUCUCGUUCUUGGUGCUCUCGCUCCUCGUUUUCAAGUUCUGGAAGCGCAACACGCAGCAGCCAAAGGGGCGACGAGUUUUCGCGCAGCGGCGACAAUCCACACUCACAGCUUUCGCGCAGCCCAGCAGGGAGUGCUCGUUUUGCUGCAUCGACAUCAACUUGCUCAAGCUCAAGACAAUGUCCGGGAUUCGGAAUAUUGACUUUGGCCGGACUCCUGCUGUACGACCGUCGAGUAAUAACCCAAUCUUCUAUGCUCCUCGCAUCAGUGACUACGAAUACCUUCUGGACUACCAGAACUCGAGAAUGAUGCCAGGUGUUGUUCAUGACUUCCAGAGCUCAAGAAUGAUGCCAGUGGUUCACAGCGGGUCCCUUGACACUGAUCUAGCUGAGCUGCCACGGAGCGUUGUUCCACAGCCUCCAAUCACCUCGGAAGUUCGUUUGCCUUUGACAAUGCUCGACUUUGCGACCCCUCCGGCUUUCAUGCCUGGUCAGCUGCAGCAAGAGCAAAGCCAUCACGACAUAACGACUGCCUCCAGCGUGAGCUCUGAGCCGCAGUUACUGCUGGAGACUGACAAUGAAUUUCUCAAGCGCUUGGAGGUUGUCUCUGAGCUCCUUAUCUCAAGCUCAAUCCAGAAGUCACGCAUGGCCAUGGCUUGUCUUGGUUAUGGUCAGCUACAGUGUUUGCUCAUGAUCUUGCUUCAGCAGCAGAGUUAUGACGAUGGUGUGCUCAACACGUCCAAUGAGUUUUCACGUACGCUGGUAAAGCACACAAGAGAAGCCAAGUGUACAUUCCUCGACCUCAAUCAAGACAUAUCGGUCUCACAACUCUACGGCCAAGACUUUAUGCCUCUGCAGCGUCAAUCGGUGAUGAUCAAGGGAUCACGGGGCAAUGCAAUCUUCACGCUCCAGGUGAUUAGUGAGCCCGGCUUAAUUCCCGGAUGUGGUUCGAAGUCCUACAACUCUAGCGUAAGAAUACUUUCCAUAUUCCUUGGCUCAGUGGUUCCGAGUCCAGCAUACUCUUUUCCGCUAAAUGUUGCGUUGCCGGAGCUGGCAAGUGGUGCUCGUUCUGUUCUUCGCAUCACCGGCGGCAUGGAAGCCCCUCUUCCUGGUCGGCCUGGUGCUCCACUGCUGCUCAACAAUCUAUGCUGUUCACGCUUUUCUGCUGAUCUUUCCUCGUGGACUUGUGUGGAGCUCCAGGUGCCGAGUUAUAUAUCACUGUUUGAGUUGGCGGUGCUCAAACUCAACGCAGUUAUUCCGCAGCCUCCAAACACCCCACUGCUUAUCAAGCUAGUCUGCGUCAACUUCCAAGGAGAUUACAAUACUACUAGCUUUCCAGCAAUCUGCGAGCGGGAAGUACAUCGCGACAUUGUGCCUGAGCGAGGAAAACAAGAAGCUCCUUGGUUCCUUGGUGCUCGGCUGCUGCUCAACGAUGAUGAAAGCCCUCCAUGCUCUUUACGGUUUUGUGGCACUCUUUCCUCCGGGACUUGUGUUGAGCUCCAGGCGCCGAUUUAUCCAUCACUGAUCGAGCGAGCGUCACUUUAUGAACCAUAUCGGGUGUGCUCGUUGUUUGGUGUCAUCGACAUCAGCAAGAUCACGCUCAAGACAAUGUCGGGGCUUACUUUCCCGUGGCAUAGCAGCUUUCGUGCUUUGGAAUCGACACUCCCCGAUGAUCACGAUGCUUAUACAGAUGAGGUCUUUUACAUGUUUAUUAAUCUUAUUCACGCGUCAAAAGGUGGCUGGAAAUAUUUUAAUUUACACCAACUAUACGCUGGCCUUAAAGACGCUUGGCUUUUGCGUGGUGGCCAAUUUCGAGCUCAGGUACAAGAGCUGCGAAGGCGUGGUGCUCCACCUUUUAGUGCCACGAGCGAGCAGCAAAACUAUGAGUGGGAAAGUCACAACAUUCUAGAAAAACAAGAAGCGGCCAGCUUGGAUGAUCAGUCAGACAACAGUGCUAUUUUAAUGAGCAGGCCACCAUCCAUUCAUCAACUUGAAAGCUCUGGCAACUUCUUGGAGGUGAUACCGAUUGCGGCGGAUUGCUCCUCCGAGGAUUUCGAGCGCCAAGUUCGUGGUUCAAGACACUUUUCGGAUGCCGCCUUCAAUGACGCUGGAGGAGAAAAGUGCUUAGAUUUGAUGCGGCACGAGCCAGCUGGAGACCUGGAGGAUGGCUGGGAGAAAUAUCCAGAAAUCGAAGAGCUGCCGAUAGAUGACGGAUGGAGCGACUUUUCCGAAUUGGUGAGCGAUGAGCAAGGAGAUAGUGCUGUUUUUGUGGAGAUCCGUGAAGCUGAUCAACUUGGGAGCUCAGAGAACGAGGGUGAUUUGACGUCUUAUGCAGCAGCAGAACUGCUAGAUGCAGCACCAACGAGAAUGUUAACACCCUUGACAUUCAUGGGCGACAUUGAGACACCAUUGUUUUGUGCCACCGGAAUUGAGAAGGCGAUUAUUAUGACAAGUGGUGGUGAACAAAAGGUGUGCUAGCAUUUUCAAGGCCAUUUCAGCGUAUGCAGCACCCAUACAGCCGUGAGGCAAAGGAUAAAAAUCCAGCAAGCUCUCGCCGCUGUCACCAUGACAGAUAAUUGAAGCCGACAUAGUUUUAUUUUCCCUCAA